UAUUUCAGCAUAUAAACAAAUCAAUGAAUGAAUAAAUUUAUAAAUAUUGCAUAGCGCAGUCUGAGUGAACAACAAAGUCGUCCCCGCCAUUUAUAGUUAAAAGUCAAGUUAGCUGAGCCCCUGGCAUCUGGUUUCUGGAUACUCCUGCAAAGUUCUUUUACUCCAGCACAUCAAUUCGUCAAUUAAUUGAAGUUGUCUUUUUUUAGCUUCAAUGCGACAGUAAAGCGAUUACAGUUGCUACUCAACGUGGAGGCAGAGGAAGCAAAAAUCACAACAUUUUCAUAUAAACACGCACAGAUCUACAGACAGACAGACAGAGAGAAGGAGAGAAGUAGCAGCCACGUCUUCAAUAAAAUAACACAAAUCGAACGCACAAUGAAAAACGACGUGGUGCGAUGGAGCAAACAGCCAAAUAGCAACAAGAGCAACAACAAUUGCAACAACAAUAACUGCAAGAACGAUUGCAGCAGUAACAACAGCAACAAACACAGUCAGCAGCAUAGCAAGAAAAGGAACGCAGAGCUCCGGCAACAUGUUGCUCGCAGUAGAACUUGUCAGCCAAAAGCGACGCAUGCGAGUGUUGCAGCAACCAUUAAUACUGGGCAGCAGCAGCAACAACAACAACAACAACAACAAACAAUCAUUGAAUGUGAUAUAACAAAUUUAAAUUACAAUUGCAAUUUAUUCAAAAGUAGUUUUUUAACGCACAACAAAACGAAAAGCUAUCGCAGCAGACACUCGAGAACGUCAUUAGUGACGUUGAAAUCGAAUGCAUUGCUGCUGUUUUUGAAAAUUAGUGUCGUAGUUUUUUUAUGUAAUUUUAAUGUCGGUUUCGCGGCCAAAGUGGAGCCCGGCCCCGCCCAGUCGUCACUUCUGCCGCCCUACGUCCUUGACUAUGAGACGGCCAAAGGCAACGGCGCUGCCACAAGCAGCGGCAGCAGCAGCAGCGGCAACAGCCUCAACAGUGGUCGCGAUGCGGGCCACUACACGCACACCUGGGCGGUGCACAUACCGAACGGUGAUAGCAACGGCAUCGCCGAUGCAGUUGCCAAGGAACACGGUUUCGUCAAUUUGGGCAAGAUCUUCGAUGAUCAUUAUCACUUUGCCCAUCACAAGGUGUCGAAGCGUUCCCUGGUGCCCGCCUCACAUCACCAGACCCGCCUCGACUUGGACGAGCGCGUCCAUUGGGCCAAGCAGCAGCGCGCCAAGUCGCGAUCCAAGCGCGACUUCAUCCGAAUGCGUCCAUCGCGCACCUCGUCGAGGGCCAAGUCUCUGGUGGAUGCGGUGCCCUUCAAUGAUCCCAAGUGGGAACAGAUGUGGUAUCUGAAUCGCGGCAGUGGCCUGGACAUGAAUGUGAUACCCGCCUGGAAGCAGGGCAUAACUGGCAAAGGUGUUGUGGUCACCAUACUGGAUGAUGGCCUCGAAUCCGAUCAUCCGGAUAUAUUGCAAAACUAUGAUCCGAAGGCGUCGUACGAUGUGAACAGUCACGAUGAUGAUCCGAUGCCGCACUACGAUAUGACCGAUUCGAAUCGUCAUGGAACCCGGUGUGCCGGCGAGGUGGCUGCCACGGCGAACAACUCGUUCUGUGCGGUGGGCAUUGCGUAUGGGGCAAGUGUGGGCGGUGUGCGGAUGCUGGACGGGGAUGUGACGGAUGCUGUGGAGGCGCGUUCGCUCUCGCUCAAUCCGCAGCACAUUGACAUCUAUAGUGCGUCGUGGGGACCCGACGAUGAUGGCAAAACGGUGGAUGGUCCCGGCGAAUUGGCAUCGCGUGCCUUCAUUGAGGGCACAACGAAGGGACGUGGUGGCAAGGGCAGCAUAUUCAUUUGGGCAUCGGGCAACGGGGGCAGGGAGAUGGACAAUUGCAAUUGCGAUGGCUAUACGAAUUCUAUAUGGACACUGUCCAUAUCGAGUGCCACAGAGGAGGGACAUGUGCCGUGGUAUUCGGAGAAAUGCAGCUCCACGCUGGCCACCACCUACAGCAGCGGCGGGCAGAGCGAGAAGCAGGUGGUCACCACAGAUUUGCAUCACUCAUGCACCGUAUCGCAUACGGGCACCUCGGCCUCGGCACCGCUCGCCGCGGGCAUUGCCGCCCUGGUGCUGCAAUCGAACCAGAAUCUAACCUGGCGCGAUCUGCAGCACAUUGUGGUGCGCACCGCUAAGCCGGCGAAUCUCAAGGAUUCCAGCUGGUCGCGCAACGGUGUGGGCCGACGUGUGAGCCAUUCCUUUGGCUAUGGUCUCAUGGAUGCCGCCGAAAUGGUGCGCGUUGCCCGCAACUGGAAAAUGGUGCCCGAACAGCAGCGUUGCGAGAUCAAUGCACCACACGUGGACAAAGUCAUUCCACCUCGCACACACAUCACUUUACAGCUGUCCGUCAAUCACUGUCUCUCCGUCAACUAUCUGGAGCAUGUGCAGGCCAAGAUUACGCUUACCUCACAGCGACGUGGCGAUAUUCAGCUGUAUCUCAAAUCACCGGCGAAUACUAAAGUCACGUUGCUAACCUCACGCAUGCAUGAUAAUUCCCGUUCCGGUUUCAAUCAAUGGCCCUUCAUGUCUGUGCACACCUGGGGAGAAUCGCCGCAUGGCAACUGGCAGCUGGAAAUCCACAACGAGGGGCGAUAUAUGGGCCACGCCCUCUUGCGUGAGUGGUCGUUGAUAUUCUAUGGAACAACGCUCACAAUUGAUCCCAAUGAUCCCAUAUCGGUGCCAAGAGCAAGCAGCGCCGAGCAGGCAACCACACCCAAUUCCAGUGGGAACGGAAGUGGAAGUGGGAGUGGAGCGGGAAGCACCACAAGCAAUUUGCAUCAGAUCUAUUCACCGCAAUAUCCUCGCAUAUCGCCCAACAAUUUCGCCAAUUCGCCGGCAGGUGGCGCCAAAUUGGCACUGGGCAAGAUGCCGCCAAAUAAAUCGAGUUUUGUGACCAACAAUCCAUUGCUAAUGCUGCCGCCUCCGCCACCGCCUUCGCCCAAACAGGGCUAUCAGCAAAUAUCCGCCACAUAUGGCGUUAUAUUGGGCAAACCCAGCAACAACAACAAUAACAACGGUAAUAAUAAGGGCAACAACAACAAGGGAAAUAACAAGGGCAACAACAACAAGGGAAAUAAGGCCAACAAGGCGAAUGAGGGAAAAUUAAAUAAAAAGGAGCAAACUACGCAGAGCAGCAGCAACAACGGCAACAACAACAGCAGCAGCAGCAGCAACAACAACAACAACAAGAAUAAAUACUAUCGCAUAUCGCAGCAGCAAGGAGGAGGAGGAGGAGGUGGUGGAGGAGGUGGUGGCAAGUCCAAGGGUCAGUCAAAUAAUUUGCAAACGCAACGCCCCAAAGUCAGUUCCAGUGAAAAGUUCUACGAUGAGAAAACGCGCAAGGUUAUUGGCGAAAUAAACAACAACAACAAUAGCAAUAGCAAUAGCAACAGCAACAGCAACAACAACAACAGCAAUCGUGGCAACAACUCAGCGGGACAACGUUUGCCAGUCAAGGCUGCCAAGCAGGUAAAGCAGGACAGCAGCCAGGACUCUCGCAUACCCAAACUAUUCGAGCAUUACGAGAAGAUUCAGGCCAUAUUUCCCGAACUGGAGCCAUACGAGAGCAGCAGCAUACCCAAAUCCAACAAUAAUAUGCAGCAACAGCAACAGCAACAGAAGCAGCAGCAGCAGCAACCAGGGCAGCCGCGCAAACAGGGCAAACAAUUUGAGGUUGAUGUGUUUAGGCCGACAGUGGGCAAUGCCAACGUUGGCAAUAGCCGACCGGGCAAUACCAAGAAAUCACCAUCGGCGCCGCCGCCUCCAUCGCAAUUAUUGCCAGUUUUUCCAGCAUUUCCCGCAUUAGCCGCCUUGCCACCUGCUCUGCCAGCGGGCGGCAGCAGCUUUUUGCCCGACCAGCGUAUACUCAAAAAACAGCAGCUGCUAAUGGCCGCCGCCGGUGUCCUGGCGCCACUGGACGAUGAUGUUAGCGCUGCAGAUGAGGAUGCAGACGAUGAUGAGGAGGGCGGUCUGCAACUAGCACCGAGCAGCUAUCGCAAAAAUGCGCAAAUCACACAAUGGGACAUGAUACUCUACGGCACCGAGGUGCCUGCCCAACCGGAUGACCAGCCCCACGAGAACCAGCAGAGUCAAUUCAAUAUGUAUGGCAACGAUUUGGCUCACAAUGACAUCGAGCACGAUGCCAGCGGCCAAUGGCGUAAUAUGCAACAGGUGGGCGAGGUGGGCAUGACACAGGAUCGAAGCAAUCCUGCCGCGUGCCUCAAGUGGAACGAUCAGAAAUGUUUAGAGUGCCAAGAGCCGAGCUUCUUCUAUCUGGAUCUGUGCUACGAUGAGUGUCCACAGCACACCUACCCCAUAACAAAUGCUGAUGAGCUCGAUGACGGCGUUACCCUUAGUGAACUGAGUGCUCCUGUGACUAGUACUUCAUUGGAUGUUGACAAUGAGCUGCACAGCACUGGCAGCAGCAGCAGCGGCAUCAGCAGCAGCUCCACCGACAAGGAUGAUCCACUGCAGGCAGCGGAACGUCGACGUCGAAUCGAGGACGUUGAAUCGAACAUCUUAUUGCUGACACCCCGGCAAAGUCGAAUCUGCGCCAGCUGCGACAAGAGCUGUUUGCGCUGCUACGGUCCGAAUGCCUCCCAGUGCAGCACCUGCUAUCCGGGCAGCCAGCUGCGUCGGCUGCCCCAGACCAACGAGACCUUCUGCUAUGCGUAUGUUGUGCGCAGUACCGUUGUCGAUAUCUCAAGUCCCUCGAAAGCCCAGCAGAUGCACGACAAUUCGAAUCUGAUGCGGAGCAUGCACUGGAGCAUAGCACUCCUAAUUAUAGCGGUGAUUGUGUCCCUGGUGGGCAUGGGCGUUGCCGGCAACAUGGUGUACCGUCGGCGAGUAUCAAGAGAGGAGCGCUACACGCGAGUGGCACUCAUUGCCGAUGAUGACAGCGAUGAGGAGCAGAACGAGGAGUUGUUCAAUGCGCACAUAACUGCUCCGAGCGAUGUUCUCGAGUAUCACGAUGAGCGCCAGCCCAAUGAGCUGCCCAGUCAGGCAGAUGAUGAGGCUGAGUCUGAGGAUGAGGAGCGCGCUCAGCUGGUGCCUGAGUAACCAGAAUCCUAUGUGAUUAGUUCUAAGCAACAUUUAUAUUUGGUUGCUACUCAUGAUCAGCUUAGGCAAAGAUCAAAAAUAAUUUUCAAUUUUUUGGUUUUUGUGUGUGAGCAUUAGAAAAACAUAUCAACAUUUAAGACAACUGCUGCGAUUUAUUUAUGAUAUGCAUUUAAAUUAUUCACAUUAUUGUAUAUUGUUUUUUCCAAAAUGUAUUAUCCUAGUAAUAAGAAAUAAAGUUUCUAAUUAAAUAUUUCA